AAGAAGGCAGAAGACAAAAGAAGGCGAGCGUGAGCGUGACGUCGACAGAGAGCGUCUGGCUAUAAAAGACGAGACGCACGCUUGUGCGCCCACACCAAUUUGACGGCUCAGUCGGCAGCACCGUUGGAGGUGGCGCGCAAACACCGGAGGGAGAGCCCACGUCGCCGCCGGCCUACUUCAAGAGGACGCAGGUCAGCUUCCUCUCCCCAAAAGAGGCUCUUAAGUGAGACGCCAUGAAGUGGACGCGCCUGCUCUUCCUGGCUUGCGUUCUGCUCUGCAACUUGACGGCGGCGCGCGGAGGAGCGCGGAGCAUCUCUUCCGAGGAGGAGCCGGACCCGAGGACGGCAGAAGACCUCCUCCUGCGCAGAGCCGAGAGCCUCCUGCUGCGCUCCGUCCUGAGGAAGAUGCAAGCGCAAGACGACAAGAGCGGAGAAAUCUCCGCUCAGGCGGCUUGGGUGACAAAGCGCCAGCAUCCCGGCAAGAGGCGCACCGAGGACGGGGCCGAAGAGGCCGACGAAGAGGAUUCGGACGUGGAAAGGAGACAGCACCCGGGGAAGCGCGCCGCCGCCGCCGCCGCCACGGGACGCCCCCCCGCCACGCUCGCGCAAGGCGAACCUUCCAAGCGGCAGCACCCGGGCAAGCGCUACGCGGCGGUCACGCGGAGCCGGCGGCAGCACCCCGGGAAGCGGCAACCGGACCGGGAGGACGACGAGGACGACGAGGACGACGAGGAGGAGGAGGAGGCAGAAGAGGAGGAGCGGGAGGAGGAGCAGGGGGAGCAUCGUCGCCUCCCCGACUUGCACAGGCGCCAGCAUCCCGGCAAACGCUUUUGGGAUCGUGCCGCGAGCGGUCCUUGCGAAUACCUCCGGGACCCCGCGCGAUGUGCCGAGAGCGACCUGCUGCUCCAUUUUUUAGACCGCAUCGGCGACGUGAAGCGCGGCGACGAGAAGAGACAGCACCCGGGCAAAAGGUUCGCUCCCGAGGAGGAACAGUAGAAGCGCUCCUUCCGGGUCAGCGAAACAACGCGUAGCCUGCGUCGCGGUCACUCGUCAAUAAAAGGCAGUAGAAAAGAAACCAAUCCACCACUUUA